AUGGAUACAUUAUCCUUAUCUGAUGCAAAGAACAAAAGAGCUCACAUAAGAGCUGCCGCCACGCGGCUAAAAACCUUUAUCGAUAAUUUUGACGCGAUCGAAGGCUCACGGCACGACCUCACUGAGCGAAAGCAAAGGCUCUCAGAUUUAUGGGGGCAGUUUGACGCUACCCAAUCGCACAUAGAAAUUCUUGAGAACGCGGAUCCCUCGAUCGUCGAUAAAAAGGUGCUCCAGGAGCAGCAAAUGCAACAGCGUGACAGUUUUGAAGGGCCGUAUUUUCAAUUAAUGGCUCGUUACUCAGCUCUGAUUGAGCAAAAAGACAACGGCGCAUCUCAGCCGAAUUCAUCACUCGAUAAUAGGCACGCAACAGGAUCGAGGGAAAUGCGUGUCAAAUUACCGAAGAUAGAUUUACCAGUUUUUGCAGGUGCGUACGAGGAUUGGUAUUCCUACAGGGACACAUUUGAAAAGUUGAUCCAUUUGAAUGGGGAUUUGUCUGAAAUCGAGAAGUUUCACUAUUUGCGAGCCUCUUUAAAGGACGCUGCUGCCGACAUAAUCAAAUCUAUAGAAAUCACUACAGCUAAUUACGAAGAGGCAUGGACAGCAGUCAAGGAGCGCUUUGACAAUCAAAGAUGGCUUGUUCAAAAGCAUAUUCGCGCUUUGUUCGAGUUGCAAGCUAUGCGCAAGGAAAAUCAUGGCAUGAUUCGUGAGCUAUUAGACACCGUGCUUAAACAUUUGCGCGUGCUAAAGGCCCUCAAUAGGCCCACGGCUUAUUGGGACGAUUUGAUCAUUCAUCUUAUUGUAUGUAAAUUGGAUGUAGCCACUAGUAAAGCGUGGGAAUUAAGCAUUAAGGGAAAGGACUUGCCAGUUUUAAAAGGCUUAAUAGAAUUCUUGUCGCUUCGGUGCCAGGCCUUGGAAUCGGUUAAUGGUAGAAGUCACAACAGCUUAGCAAGUAGCGUCACACAAAAGUAUAAUAAUAAUCCUAAGUCCCUAUCUGUCGCGAAUGUCGCUACAUCCAAUCUUUCUUGUGCCGUAUGUAAACAAAAUCAUUCCUUGUAUCAUUGUAAGGAAUUUCUUAAUUUAUCAGUCGAGGAUAGAAUCAAAACCGCAAAAAAGGCGCACUUGUGUCUUAAUUGCUUGCGAUCGAGCGCACAUCAAACAAAAGUAUGUAACUCAAGUAAUUGCCGAAAAUGCAAUAAGAAGCACAACACGUUGCUGCAUUUGAAUAGUUCUAGCAAGUCCGAGCAAUCUGUAUCUAAUGCGCAAUUAACAAGUCAAGAUGCCAAUUCUCCGCUCCCCGUCGCCACUCAAUGCACGUCAAGUCAUCGGUCCUUAAAUAUUUUGCUAUCAACCGCGGUUAUUAAUGUAUACGAUUCUAGCAAUUCAGUCCAUUCGUGUCGAGCAUUACUCGAUAGCGGUUCUCAAAUGAAUUUCAUAACCGAAGAGUUAGCCAAUCGGCUGAAGCUUAAGGGGCGACCUCUUGAUGUUGCAGUGGCAGGAGUCAUGGAUAGAGUAAUUCGCGCAAAUAAAAUAGUUAGUCUAUGCGUCAAAUCGCGUUUUAAUAAUUUUUGCGAAAAAAUAGAUUGCAUUGUGCUUCCAAAAAUAACACAACACUUGCCGCAGCAUUUCAUACCCAUGCAAAGUGUGUACAUUCCAAAACACAUAAAACUUGCAGAUCCGAAUUUCAACGUGCCAGCUAGCAUUGACAUUUUAAUCGGAGCCGAGUCCUUCUGGAGGCUCAUUUGUGCGGGUCAAAUCAAACAAGCUAAGGAUCAGCCAACGUUGCAAAAAACACAGUUUGGAUGGGUAAUCUCUGGCGUCACACCAAAUGACAUAACCGGACCUAUUUCAUCUCAUAAUUUUCAUUUAACCUCACUCGACGAGUUGAGGCUUACAUUAAACCGAUUUUGGGAGAUUGAACAUUGCGUUACCGCAAAAUCAUUGUCUCCUGAAGAAAAGGCCUGCGAAGCGUCGUUCCUUCAAGGCGUAACCCGCAAUGAAGGGCGUUUCAUCGUCAAACUUCCAAUAAGGCAAGAUAAGAUGGAUAACCUGGGCGAAUCCAGGGACAUAGCUCUAAGGCGUUUCAAGUCUGUGGAGAAGCGUCUCAUCACUCAGCCCUGCAUGUACAACGAAUACAAAAGGUUCAUGGAUGAGUACGUUCAACUAAAUCACAUGAAAGAAGUACACGAUAGCGCAAUGCCUAGCUCUCCGGUCGUCUAUCUCCCGCAUCAUGCCGUACGUACUGGAGCAGGUUCCUCUGCAAAGUUUCGGGUAGUAUUCGACGGUUCAUGCAAAACCACGACCGGGUUAUCUUUGAAUGAUGCGCUGAUGGUGGGUCCCACAAUGCAAGAAGAUCUUUUUUCCAUUAUGGUCAGAUUCCGAACAUUUAAAAUAGCUCUCACUGCUGAUAUAGCAAAAAUGUAUAGGCAAGUUCUGGUUGAUUCGUCGCAAACAUCCUUGCAGCGUAUUUUCUGGCGAAAGUCCAUCAAGACCUUUGAACUACUCACUGUUACCUAUGGCACUUCAUCGGCGUCGUUCCUGGCCAUCAGGGCCUUGAGAAAGCUGGCGGAAGACAAUACACAUCGCUAUCCAAGAGCAUCUCAAGUAGCUCUCAGAGAUUUUUACGUCGAUGACCUUGUCACUGGCGCAGAUUCGAUAGAGGAAGCCUUAUCCAUCAAGAAGGAAAUUAGUGCCUUACUACAAGAAGGAAACUUUGAGCUUAGAAAAUGGUCGUCCAAUUCUCUCCAUCUCCAAGAUCCUAGUUUCUCUGUUGAGCAAAAAGAGUUCAUGCCAGCCACUCACGAGGGCUCCGAGAAAAAAACGCUAGGCAUCAUAUGGGACUGCCAAGCCGACGUAUUCCGAUAUUCCCCCAGUAAUCAUCUCAGGCCCCUGGAGACGCUUACUAAGCGAAGCAUUUUGUCGCGAGUAUCUCUCAUUUUUGACCCCCUGGGGCUGAUGGGCCCGGUCACGUUAUUCGCCAAGAUUAUCAUGCAGGAUCUCUGGCGACUCAAGCUGGAUUGGGAUGAAUCGGUUCCUUUAGAAUUGAAUACCAAAUGGAGGCGCUUUGAAGGAGAAUUGAAGGAGACAUGCAGCUUGCGUAUCCCUCGCCUUGUUACAACUACAGUGCAGCAUGCCCGUUUGGAGCUGCAUGGGUUCUCGGAUGCUAGCGAGAGUGCAUAUGGGGAAUGUGUUUACUUACGUUCCCUCUCGGUCAAUGCGCAUCGCGUGGGUGAGAUACAGGAAUUAACAUCGAUUCAGCAAUGGAAUCACAUACGAAGUGAGGAUAAUCCUGCGGACCCAUUGUCCCGGGGCAUCCUGCAGGGUUCUCUCGCUCAACUGGACAUCUGGUGGUCAGGGCCUUCUUGGCUGAAGCGUGAAGAGGAAAACUGGCCUCGAAGAGCUCUUCCUAUUCAAAUGGCUGACAUUCCUGAGCGCAAACUAAAGGCGAUCGCAGCCACGACAACCUGUGCGCAAGAAGCGGACAUAUUUUAUCGAUAUUCUAGUUUUAAUAAACUUGUUCGAGUCUUUGCAUACAUGACCCGUUUUUUGAAUAAAUGCAAGAGUUCAAAAUGUUCAUCCGGUAAGCCUCAAGAAGCAUCAUCCUCACUAAACAACGUCAUUCAACCAAUAUCUUCCGAUGAGCUAUGGCAGGCCAUUCAGGGUCUAAUCAGAAUAUUACAGGCGAAGCAUUUCGCAAGAGAAAUAAAGUCGCUCAGUAAUGAUAAGCCCAUUCCCACAACAAGCCCCAUCUUAAAAUUAAAUCCUUUCCUUGACAAUUCCGGAAUUUUACGGGUGGGGGCCCGCCUGAGUGCAUCUUCCUUGCCCUACGCAUCCAAGCAUCCAAUGCUGCUACCAGGGAAGCAUCCUUUUUCCCGCCUAAUUAUAGUGUAUGAGCACGAGAAGCAUCUUCAUGCCGGGCCGCAGGCUACACUGGCGGCGAUACGUGAGCGCUACUGGCUAAUCUCUGCGCGCAGUAUCAUUCGGCAAGUUCUCGCAAAAUGUGUCAUCUGCUUUAAAAGUUCACCAAAGCUCGCGUCCGCUAUAAUGGGAAAUUUACCGGAGCCGCGGGUCAAAGCAUCUCCAAGAAUAUUUGAUCAAUGCGGUGUCGAUUAUGCAGGCCCUCUCUAUUAUAAAGAAGGUGCCAGAAGGUCUACUAAAUUGGUGAAAUGUUAUAUCGCGAUUUUCGUUUGUUUAGCCACCAAGGCGGUACAUAUUGAGCUAGCAACCAAUUUGUCGUCAGAAGCGUUUCUGAAUAUUUUCAAGCGUUUUGUGGCGAGGAGAGGUUGUCCUUCAGAUAUAUUUUCGGACAACGGAUUGAACUUCGUUGGCGCCGAGCGUGAGUUGAAUGAGCUGAGGAGCUUACUCUGCAACGAGUUAGCUCAGCAACAGAUUCAGGAUCGGACAGCAACGCUAGGGGUUCGCUGGCAUUUUAUUCCGCCCCGAUCUCCACAUCAUGGCGGUCUGUGGGAAGCGGCAGUAAAGGCGGCCAAGCGACACUUGGGUCGAGUAACAAACAAUUCAAGCCUGAGAUUCGAGGAAUUGGAAACACUACUUAUUCAGAUUGAAGCAAUCCUGAACUCCCGUCCUCUCACUCCUAUUUCGUCAGAUCCAGGUGAUUUCGCAUCAUUGACCCCAGGGCAUUUCCUAGUGGGUACACCUCUCACAUCCUAUCCUUAG